AUGUCCCUUCAGCGCCUACAGUCAAAGUAUACCUCGAUCAUCUUCGGUUUUUCCAUCAUUUCCUCACCGAAGCAUAUCCACCGCAUCCAUAUGGCGCCUCAGCUGUGUGGCAGGACGUGGCUGCGCUCUCGCACAAGGUAUAUCUAUCUCUCCGUCAAUCUGCCUCCAGAUAUCGUGUCUGACUCGAAUCCACAGUAUGAAUUUCUGGCCUCAAGCAUACUAGCUCUUGCGGCCCAGCACCUGACUGUGUCCAAUAAAGCCGACUACUCUGUGGAGGCUCUGAAUCUCAGAAUCUCCGCUAUUCGGGGUUUAAAUGAUGCGCUAUCGCAACCUUGUCAUACCGUGAUCGAUGCGGACGCCCGUUAUGCUGCAAUCAUCGGCCUCACCUUUCAGUCUACCUACAUGCCAGACGGCCUGAUGGAGUUCAUAGCAAUGAUGCGUGGAUGGAUGCUCAUCUCGACCACUUUGGUGACUGAUCAUCAGAUAUCCAUGUUCCGUCAAUUCACACGCGAUUCGUGGGUUGGAGGCAUGGAGAAGUUUGUGGAGGAGCAGCACGGAUCUACCGACGAAAUAGUCAUUGAAGAUUUUCUCGCAUCCCUCAAAAUACUUCAGCCCUUACUUCAAGGACAAGCUGAGCUGCAGUACCUCUCAAGACUGGAGAGAUUAGCUCUACUGAGCAAAACAUCACCACGAGACGCACUCUUGGAAAUGGUAUUCUGCUAUGCUUUGACAAACAAGAUGACGGAUGAAGACUACGCCCGCUUCACGGAUCCUUCCAACUACCGAGCCCAGAUUCUUCUUGCGCAUUUCUUGGUACUGAACCAUAUGCUGGAAGAAUGCUUCCUCAGCACUUCUGGUAGACGGUUUGCCUUUUUGAAACAGAUCACUCGGUCCUGGAUCUUGAAUAUUGGGAGACGUUUGCCUGACGGUUUGCAAAGGUUCAUCAUGUGGCCUUUGGGCCAGGCAAGAGAUCUUUCUGCUUAG